AUGGCUACAGAUGACUAUGCCUUCAUGAGAUUCAGUGUUUUUGAGUUUGCCUUAACCAUUUCUAUUAGUAUCGAGAGUAAACAUGAAGUCACAAUCCUGAGUGGACUCAAUGAAUUUGUAGUGAAGUUUUAUGGACCACAAGGAACACCAUAUGAAGGGGGUGUAUGGAAGGUGCGAGUAGAUCUUCCAGACAAAUACCCCUUCAAAUCGCCCUCUAUAGGAUUUAUGAAUAAGAUUUUUCAUCCGAACAUCGAUGAAGCGUCAGGGACAGUGUGUUUAGAUGUGAUCAACCAGACAUGGACUGCUCUUUAUGAUCUCACCAAUAUCUUCGAGUCGUUUUUGCCACAGUUGCUGGCCUACCCGAACCCCAUCGACCCUCUGAACGGGGACGCCGCAGCCAUGUACCUACACCGACCAGAGGACUACAAACAGAAAAUCAAAGAAUACAUCCAGAAAUAUGCAACAGAGGAGGCUCUGAAGGAGCAGGAGGAAGGAGCGGGCGACUCUUCUUCAGAAAGCUCCAUGUCUGACUUUUCAGAGGACGAAGCUCAGGACAUGGAGUUGUAGUUAAGGG